GCUCUCAUGGCGGGACCGACCACACAGGAGCCCUUGAAGACCCAGCAGAAGUGCAUUGCCAUCUUUGCCCUCCUCUGCUGCUUUACUGUGCUGGUGGUGCUAAUCUUCUCAUCGGUGGACAUUUGGGGGGACGAUGAGGAUGGUAUUACAGAGGAAAACUGUAGCAGAGACUGCAGCAUCGUGCUUGUGGAGAAUAUUCCAGACAACCUCAUUCUUCCCAUGGAUGGCAAACCCCACCUCCCUCUCUCUGUUGGCUUUCAUACAUUGUUGGACAAGGCAAAGCACUCAGUUGAGGUGGUGUCACCUGUCUGGGCCUUAAACCCCUGGGACCUUGAAACAACGCCAAGCAAUGCCAAACAGGGUCAGCUGUUGUUCCAGAGACUGCUCAGCCUGAAAUCUCGUGGGGUAAAGCUGAAGAUUGCCAGUAGUCUGACUAACUCUGCUGAAUUGAAGACCUUGGCAGCACACAAUGCAGAGGUAGAUUUUGUUAAUAUGACAGCGCUUACCAGAGGAGGACUGCAUUCCUCAUUCUGGAUAGUGGAUCGGAGGCACAUUUACAUCGGCAGCGCUGACAUGGACUGGAGGUCACUCUCCAAGAGGAAAGAACUGGGGGUGGUGGUGUAUAACUGCAGCUGUCUGGCUCUGGACCUCCACCGAGUCUUUUCAUUUUACCGGCAGCUCCAUGAGAGGGACUACAUCCCCUCAAUCUGGUCGAAGAGAGUCACAGCCCUGUACGGGAGGCAUGAUGCCUUGGAGCUGCAACUCAACGCCUCAGAGGCCGCUGCUUAUGUGUCUACCUCUCCCGAACUCUUCUGCGCUAAAGAUCGUACCAGAGAUGUAGAUGCCAUCUAUGAAGUCAUCCAGAGUGCAAAGACAUUUAUCUUCAUAUCUGUGACGGACUACCUCCCUCUGUUGAUCAGGAGUUUCAGAGGAACAUCGGUCACAAGGUACUGGUCACCUAUCGAUGAGAUGAUCAGAGAGGCCGUGGUGCUUAAAGGAGUCAGAGUUCGCCUGCUGAUCAGCUUCUGGAAGAAGACUCACCCCCUCACCUUUAACUUUGUCACCUCCCUCAAGUCGCUCUGCAUGCAGCUGCACAACUGUUCGGUAGAGGUGAGGUUUUUUAGUCACAAAGAGCAAGAGGAUGAUAUUCAACAUGGACUCAACCACAACAAGUACAUGGUGACCGACAAUGCUGUCUACAUUGGUAACCAUGACUGGGUCGGGAGUGACUUUACCAUCAACACAGGAGUCGGGCUGGUGGUGAAGAUGAAAAAUAGUCUUCAAGACAGAGGAGUCCUGGAACACUUCAAGGCUGCUUUUGAGAGAGACUGGAGGUCACGUUAUGCUAAGAGUCUUCAAGGAAACAAAGAUUCCCAGGGGAAAUACAGAAAACUGCAUCAAGUGAAAAUGAAUUUGCAGACUAAGGAGGAAAAUAACCCUUUAUCUUUAUAA